GGUUCCUCUUACCGGGCGGUGUCUGCUGAAGAAAACGGGACAGAGGAGUAGUGAGAGGCCGACACAGGGGUUCAUUUAUUUUCCCCGGGAGAUUUUACUGAAUUGCACCAGCGGACUUCAGAAUUCAGAAUGUCAACAAACGUCAGCGCCGAGGAGAUGGAGGAGAUCAGGGAGGGAUUCCAGAAAGUGGAUUUGGACGGUAAUGGGUACAUCUGCGCCUCUGAACUCGGAAAUCUGUUCAACGAGGUGGGCUGUUCUAUGCCUGGAUACCAGAUCCGAGAACUCAUCCAGAAGCUGGACAAAAACAACGACAGCCACAUCGACCUUGAAGAGUUCACGACUAUCUUCAAGGAGUUGAAGAACGACUCCAAGGCCAAGGAAUUCAGAAAAGCUCUCAACAAGAAAGAAGGCAUUGUCGCCAUCGGGGGCACAAGUGAGAUCUCCAGUGCAGGAACCCAACAUUCGAUAUCUGAGCAGGAGCGCUAUGCCUUCGCAAACUACAUCAGCUCUUCUCUGGAGAAGGAUCCAGACUGUCAAAACAUCCUGCCUAUCGACCCCAACACUAAAGCUCUGUUCACAGCAGUGGCCGACGGCAUCGUACUUUGCAAACUCAUCAACCUCUCAGUUCCUGACACCAUCGACGAGAGAACCAUCAAUAAGAAGAAACUCACGGCUUUCACCACUCAGGAGAAUCUGAACUUGGCCCUGAAUUCAGCUUCGGCCAUCGGCUGCCAAGUUGUUAAUAUUGGAGCUCAAGAUCUGAAGGAGGGAAAACCUCACCUGGUGCUUGGCCUCCUCUGGCAGAUCAUUAAGAUCGGACUGUUUGCCGAUAUCGAGCUGAGCCGUAAUGAAGCUUUAGCAGCGUUGUUGGAGGAAGGGGAGACUCUGGAGGACUUGAUGAAGCUCAGUCCUGAGGAGCUGCUGCUGCGUUGGGCAAAUUUCCAUCUGAAGAAAGUGGGCAUGACCUUAACAAACUUUUCUGGAGAUGUUAAGGACUCCAAGGCGUACUUCCACCUGCUCGAGCAGAUUGCACCGGAUGGAAGCAAAGAGGACGCUCCACGGGUUGAGAUCGACAUGACUGGUCUUUACGAGAACGAUCUCUCAAAGAGAGCAGAGUGCAUGCUCAAGCAGGCUGACCGCCUCGGCUGCCGCCAGUUCGUAACUGCUACUGAUGUAGUGGGUGGAAACGCGAAGCUGAACAUGGCCUUUGUAGCCACACUCUUCAACAAACACCCAGCUCUCACCAAACCAGAGAACCAAGACUGGAAUCUGGAGAGUGAGACCCGGGAGGAGAGAACCUUCAGGAACUGGAUGAACUCUCUUGGAGUCAAUCCAUUUGUUCACCGUAUCUACGGUGAUCUGCAGGAUGCCAUGGUUAUUCUCCAGCUGUAUGAAAGGAUCAAGGUGCCAGUGAACUGGGAGGCAGUCAACCGACCUCCAUUCAAACCUGUAGUGGGGCAUUUAAAAAAGAUAGAGAACUGUAACUAUGCCGUGAAGCUGGGUAAGGAAGAGGCUGGUUUCUCGCUGGUGGGAAUAGCUGGACAGGAUCUCUAUGAUGGAAAUGCAACUCUAACUUUGGCGCUGGUGUGGCAGCUGAUGAGGAGGUACACUCUAAAUAUUCUUGAAGACCUUGGAGAUGCUGCAGGAGAUGAUCUGAUCAUUUCCUGGGUCAACAAAACUUUGUCUGAGAGCGGCAAGAGUUCCUCAAUCAGAAGCUUUAAGGACAAAUCCAUCGGUACCAGCAUGCCAGUGCUCGACUUGAUCGAUGCCAUUCAGCCAAAGAGUGUGAACUUCGAGCUGGUUAAAACAGAAAAUCUGUCGGACGAAGACAAACUGGACAAUGCCAAGUACGCUGUUUCCAUGGCGAGGAAGAUUGGGGCAAAAGUCUACGCUCUCCCUGAAGACUUGGUGGAGAUCAACCAGAAAAUGGUGAUGACCAUCUUCGCCUGCUUGAUGGGGAGAGGCAUGAAGCGAGCGUAACCCCCCAACCCUCCUCUCCCCCCCCCCGCCCGUUUGAUUGGAUGACACAUGAAGAGAGUGAACACGGCUGUAUCGUCUUGCAGCUUUUCUGGCUCGGGACACACAGAAGUGUCGCUUUAUUGCAUCUAUAACGCAUUUAACUUUUAGAAACAGCAAUAAACAUUUGUUGGUACACGCACAA